AUGCAGACCAAACACUUUAUCAACGAUCCCACACACUUGGUCCAGACUGCUCUCCAUUCUCUCACCUUGACGAAUCCCUCUGUCGCCUUCGACCCCGAGAACAAGAUUAUCUAUCGACGACCGUCAAAAGAGCUCACAGAAAAUCCUAAAGUCUCUAUCAUUUCGGGCGGAGGCUCUGGCCAUGAGCCUGCUUUUGCUGGUUUCGUGGGACAAGGUUUCCUUACCGCCGCCUGUGCUGGUACUAUUUUUGCCAGUCCAUCCACGCAGCAGGUAGCGCGUGCUGCCCUCACGAGAGUUCCUACGGAGAAAGGAGUGGCGAUCAUCACCUUCAACUAUACCGGAGAUGUGUUGAAUUUCGGAUUGGCUGCCGAGAAGGCGAAGGCUCAGGGUGUAAAAACGGAGUUCUUUGCAAUUGGCGACGACGUGGGAGUGGGGCGAGCGAAGGGAGGAAAAGUAGGAAGACGAGGGAUUGGCGGGUCUAUUUUGGUGCUCAAGAUUGUCUGCGCUCUUGCAGAGGCUGGUGGAAGUUUGUCAGAAGUCUACAAUCUCGCGAAGCAAGUUGCGGGCAAUACUGUUUCGGUCGGAGCGUCGAUGGAACACGUCCAUGUACCCGGACGUGCGAUUCCUGAUUCUAAUUCUGACGAAAUCCCGACCGAGGAGAUCGAGAUUGGCAUGGGUAUUCAUAACGAACCGGGUAGUCACCGCGUGUCUGCCACUCUGCCCGAACUCAUCAAGAUUAUGUUGACCCAGAUGAUCGAUCCUAACGACGAGGACAGACAUUUCUGUGAUAUUACAAAGAAGGACCAAGUUGUACUGUUGAUUAAUAACCUCGGCGGCGUCAGCAACCUAGAGAUUGGAGGUAUUGUGGCUGAAGUCCACAAACAACUCAAAGAAGACUGGGGAAUUGUUCCCGUUCGGGUCAUCGCAGGUGCCUUCAUUACCUCGCUGAAUGGUCUAGGCUUCUCUGCGUCUCUCCUCAAGCUUGAGGACACUGGCCUCGGCCCUGGAAAGUCAAUGCUUGAGCUUCUCGACGCGCCAGCUGAAGCCUUUGGAUGGGGGGCCGCCAUAAAAACGUCAACUUGGGACGCUGACAAUACUGCCAUCAUGGAUCGACAAGCAGAGAUUACACUCGAGACGAAGCCUUCUCAUUUGACCCUGGACCCCAAGCAAGCUCAUACUAUACUCCAGGCUGGUCUGGACAAGAUGAUUGCAGCAGAAGCGGAGGUCACCAGGUACGACACGAUUGUUGGUGACGGCGACUGCGGCAUUGGUCUCAAACGUGGAGCUGAAACCGUUCUUAAAAUCCUCUCUUCUGGUUCCCUUCCCACGGAUGCAGUGGCUUUCGUAGACAAGAUCAUACCUGCAGUCGAGGACAGUAUGGACGGAACAUCUGGCGCAAUCUAUUCUAUCUUCCUCAACGCUCUUUCUUCCGGCUUACGAGAACAAGACACCGGAUCAUUCAAGGCUGUUGAUGCCAAGGUCUGGGCGGCUGCAUUGAAAUCGAGUCUACAAGCUUUGGGCAAAUACACCCCAGCAGCUCCCGGGGACCGAACCCUGAUGGAUGCCUUGGUUCCAUUCGUCGACACGCUGACCAAUACUGGUGAUGUCAAGAAAGCAGCCGAGGCUGCCAGAGAGGGAACCGAAAAGACGAAGAGCAUGAAGGCCAGCUUGGGUCGAGCCGUCUAUGUGGGCUCGGAGAAUGAAUGGAUCGGCAAGAUUCCUGAUCCGGGUGCCUGGGGAUUGCAGGAAUUCUUGGUCGGGUUGGCUGGGGCCUGCUAG